AUGAAGUCCAAAUAUGCAAGUUUUUCAAACUUAAUACAGUCUAAACAUUUUAGAGCUUCAGUACGCACGUUGACUUGUCUUUUGCUACUAAACAUACAGCAUUUUAUUCUUCCUCAAGAAAAGUCGUAUUCGCUUUUACCAUUAAGUAAGAUAUACAGUGAUAGAGGUUUAGUUGAGAAACCUCCAACACACUGGAAAACUGGUAUAUGGAGUGAUGAUAAAAAGAGUCCUAGUUCAAAAUUAGGAGGGAACUUCGAUAAAUCAAAUGAAUUGUUAGAUAGAUUAAGAUAUACAGUGAAAAAUUACAUAAACAAAGAUACAAUUAGUGAAAAAAGAAGAGAAAAAAAAGAAAAUGCAUUUAACGAAAACUACGAAAGUAACCUAAAAUUAUCAGAAGCAGAAUUAAAAAAAAAAGUUGAUGAUUUAUAUUUUUUUGUUACUAUAAAAGAUAUGCAUGACAUAUGGUAUCAUAUUUAUGAUCGACGCAGGUGCGUAUAUAUUGAAAUGAUGAAAAAAAUUUGGGAUAAAUGUGUAGAAUUUGCAGAAAAGAAAAAUAUUUCCAAGAAAAUUUUAAUUAAAACAUGGUGGAGUGCUUAUUCUGAUUUUAUGGUUGAGUUACAAAAAUUUGACGCUGAUUCUUUAAGCAAUUUUAUUGACUUAUAUAAGGGGAAACCUUGUACUCGUUAUAAAUUCAUAGAAUUAUUAAAUAAGAAUAAGAGUGAUUGGAAAGAAAUCACGGAAAAAAUGAAGAACAAAUGGAAAAAGCAGUUGCACACUAAACUAAAACACCAUGCAAAAUAA